AUGGUGACGCGCCGUGCGCGGCGACGUCAGGCGGGGGCGGCGCGCGCCGAUUGGUCGGAUUUGAAUCGCGGCGGGCGCUGCCCGCUCCUCCCGCCCCCCCCGGCUGUCUGCCCCCCUCUCGCGGUCCCCCGGCCGUUCCCGGUGCCGUUCUCGGUGCCGUUCCCGGUGCCGUUCCCGGUCCCGGUGCCGGUCCCGGUGCCGUUCCCGGUGCCGCCGGUGCCGGUUCCGCUCACGCCCUCUCCCCCCGGCAGGGCCAGGACGCCGCGCAGGCCGAGGAAAGGCACGAACCCCGCGCAGAAGGACCCGGUGGGGGUGUACUGCCGCGUGCGGCCGCUCAGCCGGGCAGACCAGGAAUGCUGCAUCGAGGUCAUCAACGGCACCACGGUGCAGAUCCACCCUCCCGAGGGCUACCGCGUGUUCCGGAACGGCGAGUACCGCGAGACCCAGUAUUCCUUCAAGGAGGUCUUUGGCACGCUGGUGGUGCAGAAGCAGCUCUUUGACGUGGUGGCCAAGCCUCUGGUGGAGGAUCUGAUCCGGGGCAAGAACGGUCUGCUGUUCACCUAUGGAGUGACGGGCAGCGGGAAGACCCACACCAUGACAGGAUCUCCUGGGGAUGGGGGGCUCCUGCCCCGCUGCCUGGCCAUGAUCUUCAACAGCAUCGGCCCCUUCCAGGCCAAGAGAUUCGUUUUCAAGCUGGAUGACAAGAACGGGGUGGAUGUGCAGACUGAGGUGGAGGCUCUGCUGGAACGCCAGAGGAGGGAGGCCCUGCCCACCCCAAAAACUCCAGCUGGGAAGAGGCAGCUGGAUCCCGAGUUUGCCGACAUGAUCGGCGUGCAGGACCAGUGCCGGGCGGAGGAGGUGGACGAGGACAACGUCUACGGCGUCUUCGUGUCCUACAUCGAGAUCUACAACAACUACAUCUACGACCUGCUGGAGGAGGCUCCCUGCGACUCCAUCAAGCCCAAGUGGAACAAUUGCAACACUCCUGUGAGAAAUGGAGACUUUGUACCUCCCCAGUCCAAAAUCCUUCGGGAAGACCAGAACCACAACAUGUACGUGACAGGCUGCACUGAAGUGGAGGUCAAAUCCACAGAGGAAGCUUUUGAAGUCUUUUGGAGAGGGCAGAAGAAGCGGCGCAUCGCCAACACGCAGCUGAACCGGGAAUCCAGCCGCUCCCACUCCGUGUUCAUCAUCAAACUGGCACAGGCUCCUCUGGAUGCUGAUGGGGACAACGUGCUCCAGGAAAAGGAGCAGAUCACCCUGAGCCAGCUGUCCCUGGUGGAUCUGGCAGGAAGUGAGAGAACCAACAGGACCAAAGCCGAGGGGAACAGGCUGCGGGAGGCAGGGAAUAUCAACCAGUCACUGAUGACAUUGAGGACGUGCAUCGAGGUUCUGCGGGAAAACCAAUUGUACGGAACAAACAAGAUGGUUCCAUACAGAGAUUCCAAACUGACUCAUCUCUUCAAGAACUAUUUUGAUGGAGAAGGGAAAGUUCGGAUGAUUGUGUGUGUGAAUCCCAAGGCUGAGGACUAUGAGGAAAGCCUGCAAGUGAUGCGUUUUGCAGAGAUGACGCAGGAGGUGGAGGUGGCCAGGCCCCUGGACAGGCCCCUGUGCGGGCUGACGCCGGGGCGGCGCCUCCGGAACCAGGCAUUCCGGGAGGAGCUGUCCCGCAAGCUGGAGCUCAGGGGCGGCCCCGUGGGAGCAGGACCAGAGGAGCCAUCUGCUGCUGAGCUGUUCUUCCAGAGCUUCCCUCCCCUGCCUUCCUGCGAGCUCUUGGACAUCAACGACGACCAAACGCUCCCAAAACUGAUCGAGGCCCUGGAGCAGCGCCACAAAAUGAGGCAGAUGCUGGCAGAGGAAUUUGCCAAAAACGUUCUUGCCUUUAAAACAAUGCUGCAAGAAUUUGACUCCAGUGUUGCAUCCAAGGAAAAUUAUAUCCAAGGAAAACUGGCUGACAAGGAGAAAACCAUAACGGGGCAGAGGACGGAGCUGGAACGGCUGGAGAAGAAGAUUAAAACCUUGGAGUACAAGAUCGAGAUUUUGGAGAAGACAGCCACGAUUUACGAGGAGGACAAGAGGAACCUGCAGCAGGAGCUGGAGAGCAAGAGCCAGAAGCUGCAGCGGCAGGCGUCGGACAAGAGGAGGCUGGAGGCCAGGCUGCAGGGAAUGGUGGCCGAGACCUCCCUCAAGUGGGAGAAGGAAUGUGAGCGGCGGGUGGCAGCCAAGCAGCUGGAGAUGCAGAACAAGCUGUGGGUGAAGGACGAGAAGCUGAAGCAGCUCAAGGCCAUCGUCACCGAGCCCAGGGCCGAGAGGCCAGAGAGGCCAUCCCGGGAAAGGGAGCGGGAGAAGCUCCCGAGAUCCGUGUCUCCUUCCCCUGCUCCCAGCGCCCCGGCGGUGCCGCUGCGGCCGCGGCGCUCCCGCAGUGCCGGCGAGCGCUGGGUGGAUCACCGGCCGCCGUCGCACGUGCCCACGGAGACGCUGCUGCAGCCGCGCGUGCCCAGGGCCAUCACGGUGGACGCGCCCAGCGAGCGCGCCCUGGCCCGGUGCGACCGCUACCUGCUGACCCACCAGGAGCUCGCCUCCGACGGGGAGAUCCAGACCAAGCUCAUCAAGGGGGACGUGUUCAAGACCAGGGGUGGGGGCCAGGCCGUGCAGUUCACGGACAUCGAGACCCUCAAGCAGGAAUCUCCCACCGGGCGGAAGCGCCGCUCGUCACCUCCCAAUCCCGACCCCGCUGGGGACGCCGUGGACUCGGAAUGGACGGAUGUGGAAACCAGGUGUUCCGUGGCCGUGGAGAUGAGGGCGGGAUCGGCGCUGGGACCGGGAUUCCAGCACCACGCCCAGCCCAAGCGCAGGAAGCCCUGAAUUUUUCCUGCUGGAAUCCUGGAUUUUCCCAGCCUGAGGAAUGCUCUGCUGCCACUGCUCCUCAGGAAGUGCUUUAUGCCCAUUCCAGGAGGUUUUUAGGGAAGCUGGGAGAUGGUUCCAUUGGUGAUCCCAAAGAGCUUCUGGAUGGAUCUGUCCUUUUCCGUAGAUUUAGGGAAAUACAAAAGGUCCCUCUGGAAUUCCAAAUGGAGCUGGAUCGUUACAGGCUUCUCCCCGGGAGAUUUUUCCAGUGUUUUUCCAGUUUUUUUAUCCCAAAUCCAGCUUUUCCAGCCAUUCUUUCUCUUUUGGGAGACCCAACCGCUGCUAUUCCGAGCUGCAGUCCAGCACUUUAAGGGUGUUUCUGGCCAUUCCCGAUUUUACUGGAAGCAGGAAAACCUUGGGAAUACGGAUUUCUUCUGGCAAGGAUAAGUUUGGAAUAUUUAAGUGUGCCAUUGAGCUGUCAGAACAUUCCAGAGUCACCCAAAAUCCUGGGAGCAGUGGGAAUUCACAUCCCGGCUGCUUUGGGGUGUGAGGGAAUUCUGGAAUGUUUUCCGUAUGGGAAUGGGGGGAAAGGGGGAUUUCCUCACAGGGUGGGAAUUGGCUUUCAGCAAUAAAUAAUUUCAAUAAAUCCUUUUAUUCCAAA